AUGGCGAUCACUGGACGCUGGACGAAACGACGCGCGAUCCCGGCGAUAGCGAUCGCGAUCACGCUGUACUACUUCCUGUCUUCAUCCUACGAGCGGUACGAGAUCGAUUCCGUCAUACCACACACCAAUCCGGAAUCCGUGUGGGAUUUUGUGGCCGAUUUCAGCCGGAUGAAGCAACUCAACCCCACGAUAUUGCACUUUCGCAUCCUGGCCGAUCACGGGAAUCAGGAGCACUGGAAGUACACGGUCGAGUACCGGGAGCGGCUUUCGCAUUGGCCGUACUCGCUUAACACCGCGAUCGGGCAAUAUUCUGUGCUGCGGCUGCCGGAGACCGAGGGUGGCCAUUAUGCGGUUUUGUCCACGCAUCGGACGUGCUUUUUGGGUGGCUUGUUUUGCCUAAACUCGAAGGGUGCAUUUAAGAUAUCCCGCUCCAACAAUAGCGACACCCUGUGCGAGGAGACGGUCGAGUACCAGUGUCCGUUCUUUUUCGGCAGCUUCUGCCGGCGUGAGGUCGUGUUCCAGCGGAAAGCCAUCAUGAAAAACCUGGUGGCGCAUUUCCAGAAGAAGGCUUUCAUGCAGGCCUAGGCGCUCGUUUACUUGGUGCUUCUGUGUCCUGUGUCUCGCUAGCCGCAUUUACAUACAGUGUAUCUAUCGCGAUCGUGAUUUCUUAUCUAAAUCGUUUAAUAAAAUUAGCAAAUUAAUUUCAAUAUGACUCCAUAUUUUGUG